UGGCGACUGACAGCACACACCUAGUUUGGGAGACAUUUAUGUCUUUGUCCCUGCUUCUGUUGAAAUGUCAUGUCCAUGCUGCUUCAAAACAGUUUCAAACAACAGCUUAUAACUCUGUGCACGAUAACUCGCUGCGUUGCUUUGAUGGGUUUAUGACCGUUUUUGUGUCAAAAGUUCAAUUCGCUGAGCUCCCUCUCACCGUUUACGUAGCAGAUGAAGACAGCGGAUAUUACCAGGCCACUGCAAUAGCAAAACAGUGUCAUUACUUCCUUCACGAAAGUGUCACCUUCAUUACCUUCACAGUUGCUUCCCACAGCUGUUUUGUGAAAAGACAAAAGAACUUUACAAGUCUGAAUGUUGUCAUCAUGGCACCUGCAAACAGAGGUAGACUUGAGAUUGUCAAGUCAUUUCUUCUGGUCUGUGAAAGGAGAAUUAAAGAGGCAACCACACAGCAUUACCCACCAGUACCAAGACAGUUAUUUUGCAACAAGGAUGGAUUCAACAUUACCGUCUCUCAGAAUGCCACACUCCCACCUCUGAACCCGGACUCAGUCUGGAUCCCCUCGUAUCAAAGCCACAACUGUAGACCUCAAACAAGGUCCAAGGACGCUGUCACUUUCCUCUUUCCAUUCACUGACUGUGGCACUCAGUCCGUGGUAGCAGAUGGGAUCAUAACCUACUGGGUCACUAUUGAGACGAAACAAAUGCAUCAGCAGAAUGUCUCCAUAUUCCGUGACACUCCCUUCCAUCUUACAGUGCAGUGUAGCUUUGCACUGGCCCAAAUGACUCAACUGCACAUCGAAGUUCAGGGAGAAACAUUUGAGUACCCAUCAGCACUGGGAAGCAGCGGAAUACUCAGAGCAGAAAUGAGCAGAUUCCUCUUAUAAAUCUUUCUUCUCGUCUCGAGAGCCUCCAGCAGUGACUUAUAAGCUCGGUGAGCCUGUGUACGUCGAGGUGCUUGUUCCCAAACAUGACGACAAGGACUUGGUGUUGCUGCUGGAUGACUGCUGGGCCACGGCGACUGAAAACCCACAUGACCCACAGCGAUGGAACCUUCUUGUUAAAGGGUGUCCUUAUACUGCUGACAGUCACAGAACUGUUGUGUUGCCAGUUGUUUCCAGUAAACAUCUGAUGUAUCCAUCUCUUCACAAAUGGUUCGUAGUCAAGAUGUUUUCAUUUGUGAAUAGCCCAACAUUUGAAAAUCGGGUACAUUUCCACUGUGAUUUAGUGAUUUGUAAAGGAUCCGACUGCUUGCACUCAUGCAACAAUGG